AUGACAGUUUUACCAUUUCUUGAUGUUAAAGCUACACCAAUAUGUUCAGUUGCAUCACCACGAGUAUCAAGAUCAAUAUCAUUGCCUCGUUCAUCUGAACAUAAAAGUCAAUCACUUAAAAUAUCUUCAUCAUCACAUUUAUCUGAUUUAUUUGCAUCAACAACUACACCAAAAAUAAAGAUUUAUUCUCGAACAGAUCAACUAUUAAAAAAAUUACCACAUGCAAAAACGGCUAGAGCACAAGCAGGUGACCCUGGUUGGAGACCAUUUGUUCGUGAUCUACCUGAUUAUGAUUAUUUAUGGGAUACUGUAACUCGUGAACAUAUGCGUCAUCAAUAUGAUGACUAUGUACCACCACCACGUAUUAACCCUAAUGAACCUGAAAAACCAUAUCAAAUGUCAUCGAUAUUUGAAACUCAAGAUAGACAUUAUCAUAAUUAUAAACGAUUACAAGCUAUGCAACAACGAAAAUGGAAUCGGGAUCGUAUGCAAUAUAGUAUUUAUCCAUAUGGAGAAGCUGAAGAACGUGAGACAUACAGAAAAAAUCUUCGAUCAACAUUGAAAGAGCAAAUGGAACAAAAAGCUCAAGCAGAAAAAAAUGAAUUAGAUAUAAAACAUAGUACAACUCAAGAGAUUUUAGAUCAAGAUCGGAAAUUUCUUGAAGAAGAAAAACAUCGAAAUGAUGCUCGAGCUAGAUUAUUAGCACAAACCACUGUUAAAAAUAAAGAGUUAAUGGAAAAUAAAUGGGAAUAUAAUCAAUGGAAUCGUACACAUCAAUGGCAUGUUGAACGAGCUAUAUUAGCCGAUAGUCCGAUCAAUUGGAGUAAAACAAUGACUUAG